AUGAGUCAUUUUACUGAGGAUAUAAAUCUUUCCAAAUGUAAUCUGAAUUUUUCCAUCUUCAGCACACGGCCCUCCGCGCCAACCGGCCCUCCGCGCCAACCGGCCCUCCGCGCCAACCGGCCCUCCGCGCCAACCGGCCCUCCGCGCCAACCGGCCCUCCGCGCCAACCGGCCCUCCGCGCCAACCGGCCCUCCGCGCCAACCGGCCCUCCGCGCCAACCGGCCCUCCGCGCCAACCGGCCCUCCGCGCCAACCGGCCCUCCGCGCCAACCGGCCCUCCGCGCCAACCGGCCCUCCGCGCCAACCGGCCCUCCGCGCCAACCGGUUCAGUGUUUCAACCAUAACUCCACAGUUUUAG